AUGGCAGGUGUACUAUGUAAAUGGGCAUGCACCUGUCCUCGACUGCGUGCUUCAUCGUCAGUGUUUGGUAGGAGUGGACAGUUUAUCGGUCAAAAAAGGACAAUUGUUGAAAAGAAUAAAUUAAAACUUGAUCCUGAUGCUUAUCCAGAACCGUGGCCCUAUAAACAGAAGGGAUAUCGAUGGCAACAUGUUCUUGUUGAUCGAACACUGAAAAGAUUUCAUGAAAAUUCGAAGUUGAUAGUGGUUGAAGGGAACAUUGGUUCAAAUAAGUCGGAUAUGGCUUGUUCACUUGCUGAUCGAUUAGGUUUUCAUUUUAUUCCGGAAUUUCAAAUGGAUGAGGUUCUGGUAGAUCGUUUUGGCAAUGAUUACAGAAAUUACUAUCAUUUGUUUCCAAAAUCUUUCCGUCUGUUUGACAUGAAUAUGUUCUACAAGGAUCCCGGCAACGACGAGACAGCAAAGAUGCGUGACCGUAUUCUUAGAUGCAAAUUCGACCAAUAUUUGAACGCUAUAGCACAUAUUAUGAACACUGGUCAAGGUGUUGUUUUGGAACGUACUCCACAUACUGACUUUAUUUUCGCCAAUGCAUGUCGUGCUAAAAAUUAUAUUGGACCAGAAUAUUUCACCUAUUAUUACAUCGAACGCAAGAAUAUGAUACCAAAUUGCCGUUUUUGGCCACAUCUGGUUAUUUAUUUAGAUGUGCCGGUAGAUAAAUGCCUGCAGAACAUCUAUCAGCAGGGAAAUGCAGACAAAAUAGCAAUUAUUGAUCAGAUUUAUUUGCAAACAAUCGAGGAUUCAUAUAAAGAUGCUUUGAAAGAAUUUAGGAAGCAUUCCGAAAUAUUGGUUUAUGACUGGACAGUGCCUGGAAAUGUGGAUAACGUCGUGGAAGAUAUCGAAGAUAUGGAUUUUGAUUUCUUUGAACAUCACAGAAGUGACGUUUUCGGAACUUGGGAAAACGGAAAAAACGAACUGGAGUACUCCAUUGCACGAAAUUUUGUAACAGACAAGAGGGAAGCACAUGCGUUAGCAUUUUUGGGUCUUCCUGAUCAUGAGUGUGGCGAAUUAUAUCAAAGUCCUCGAGAGAUUGGGCGCUACAUUCAGUGUAUUCAUAAUGAGAUUCUGAAAACACCAUAUGUUUAUUCAGCAAUCAGAGAUAAAGGGGAUAAAUUUGGAUGGUUCAGCAAAGUAAGCACAUUCACUAAAGGUGAACCAUGGUUUGAGUAUUAUUACAAGGAUGCAUAUCUAGAAGAUCUUGUUGGUGUCCAAGAAGUAAUCGCUGACCCAACACAUCAGAGUUACUACAAUCAGAUUCAUAAUGAACACUAA